AUGGGUGUUCCAACUCUGAUGCGAAGCUGGGUGUUUGAUGAGGAGAGUUGUAAAGAUGUUCAGGAUACUCUGUGUCCUCAAGUCUCCCAGAACUCAGCGCCGCAAGGCAGGGGCGUAAAUAAUUCUGAGCAACCCACCGUCGGGAUAAAUGGGGAAUAUUCCGGCAGUGGUCAAACUAAUUCCCCAUCUACACCUACUGUGAAUGUUGCAGCUGACACAGUUAGGAAUAAAAUAAGCUGCAUUCAAGCUAAUUUGCACCACUGCCGCGCAGCCAUGUCAUGCAUGGAUGAGAAGCUGGCGGUGGUGCAAGCUUGUAUCGGACUGUUUCAAGAACCUUGGACGGUUCUAAAUAAAGUUAAAGGGGUUGAUAUUAGACGCGGAAAUCUGUAUUUCAGCAGCCGUGGGAAUAACAAGGUCAGGGCAUGUGUUUAUGUCUCUAAAGACAUCAAUGCUAUGUUCCUUUCUCAAUACUCCACUGGAGACCUAGUGGCUGUGAAGGUAGAGACUGCUCUUGGAAGACGGGAGCUGGUCUUAGCCUCGGCUUAUUUGCCAUAUGACGCAACUGAUCCGCCUCCGUCUCGUGAGUUAGCGGAUUUGGUUGCGGCGUGUGAGAGGAACUCAUGGGAGCUUCUCGUGGGGGCUGAUGCUAAUGCUCAUCACAUAGCAUGGGGUAGCAUUGGCGUCAAUGCACGUGGGGAGUCUCUCCUGGGAUUUAUCUGCACGAAUCAACUCGAAAUUAUAAAUGUUGGUGACAAUUCCACUUAUGUCGACAGAUGUAGGAAAGAGGUCAUUGACAUUACACUCGGUACAAGACUCGCGGCUGAGCUAACUACUGGUUGGCACGUGUCGGAUUGUCUGACUAUGUCUGAUCAUAGGAGGAUUUAUUUCGACAUUUCAGCCCCAACUAACAGUCCGAAAUCAUUCCGUAAUCCUCGGAAAACGAACUGGUUGGUAUUUAAUCAGUCCCCUCCUGAGGAUUGGCGAGGAGAUGGGUAA